AUGUCUAGUCCAGUUUCCAUCUCAGAUUUCAACAAAUUGCCAACCAAUCCGGGUGUAUCUCCAAUGACUCCGGAACAAUCCCAAGGUAGUUUCUGGUCUUCCAAUCCAAUUUCCAGUUACGUCCUAGAGACCUACAGACAAGUUAAUGCCCAUAGACAAGGAUUGGUUUUGACUAACCCUGGUACAGUGGAAAACUUAAAUAAGGAAGUAUCUCGUGAUGUGUUUUUAACUCAAUAUUUCUUCACCGGGUUAAGAGCUGACUUGAAUAAAGCUUUCUCUUUGAAUCCAGCCUUCCAAACUUCACACACCUUUUCCAUUGGGUCAACUAGUUUACCAAACUAUGCAUUUUCAGCUCUUUUCGCUGAUGAUAAUUUAUUCAUGCAGGGAAAUAUCGAUAAUGAUUAUUCAUUAUCAGGUAGAUUGAAUUAUGGUUGGGAUAAGAACAAUAUUUCCAAGGCUAAUUUACAAAUUGCUAAUGGUCAACCAACAAUGGUUCAAUUGGAACAAGAUUAUCAAGCUUCUGAUUUCUCCAUCAACUUGAAAACUUUAAACCCUCAAUUCUCUUCAAAGGGUGUCUUUUCUGGUGUCGCUGUCGGUUCUCUACUACAAAGUAUUACACCAAAUCUCUCUCUUGGGCUAGAAGCUCUUUAUUCGAGAACUCAACCAUCUACUCCAGCGGAUGCAGGUGUCUCUUACUUAACUCGUUAUGUGUCUACAAAGAAGGAUUGGAUCUUUUCAGGUCAAUUACAAGCUAAUGGUGCAUUAAUUGCUUCAUUCUGGAGAAAGAUUACUCCAAAUGUUGAAGCUGGUAUUGAAACUACUUUGCAAGCUGGUAUGAUCCCAAUUACUGAUCCAAUGGUCGGUACUCCAAUUGGUGUCCAACCAACUGUGGAAGGUUCCACUACUAUCGGUGCUAAAUACGAAUAUAGACAAUCUAUUUUCCGUGGUGUACUUGAUUCCAAUGGGAAAAUUGCAUGCUUCUUAGAAAGAAAGAUCUUACCAACUUUAUCUGUUCUUUUCUGUGGUGAAAUUGACCAAUUUAAACAAGAAUCUAAAUUAGGUUGUGGGUUACAAUUCGAAACUGCGGGAAACCAAGAACUUUUAAUGAUGCAACAAGGUUUGGAUUCUGAUGGGAACCCAUUACAAACUCCUCCAUCUAUUUAA